CACCAGCUAAGAUACUUGUUAGCAAAAGAGCAGCAAGAACUCUGAUACAUCAAGCUCGGAGCUAGCUAGCUAUCAGCAAUGGCCCGCAUUGCGCGGCUCGUGCUUGUGGCGCUGCUCUCCCUGGCCGUGCAGCUCGCGCCGUCCGCGGCCUGCCCCACCUGCCCUACCCCGAAGCCUCCACCGCCUCCACCACCGCGUAAGCUGACGCCUCCGCCAUCGUCCGUGCCCUGCCCUCCGCCUCCGCAUUCUCCCAAGCCCACACCGCCGCACACUCCCACGCCCGCGCCGCCACACACUCCCACGCCCACACCAACGCCGCCGCACACUCCUACACCCACGCCCACGCCGCCGCACACUCCCAUGCCCACACCAACGCCGCCGCACACUCCUACACCUACGCCCACACCGCCGCACACUCCCACGCCCACGCCUGCGCCGCCGCACACUCCCACGCCUACGCCCACACCGCCGCACACUCCUACACCCACGCCCGCGCCGCCGCACACUCCCACGCCCACGCCCGCGCCGCCGCACACUCCCACGCCCACGCCCACGCCCGCGCCUCCACACACUCCGACGCCCACGCCUGCACCGCCGUACACUCCCACUCCCGCACCGCCGGGCCCUGUGACUCCGACGCCCACGCCUCCUACUCCUGCCAUCCCGACACCGACCCCUGUUACCCCGCCACCGUCGCCGCCGUCGGGCAAGUGCCCAGUAGACACGCUGAAGCUGCUGGCGUGCGUGGACGCCCUCAACGGGCUGGUGCACGCGGUGUUGGGGUCAAACCCCAGUGAGACCUGCUGCCCGCUGCUGUCCGGCGUCGCCGACCUGGACGCAGCGUUGUGUCUGUGCACCACCAUCAAGGCCAAGGCGCUCGACAUCAGCCUCGUCCUCCCCGUCGCCAUCUCGGUGCUCGUCAACCAGUGCGGCAAGAACGUCCCCGAGGACUUCCAGUGCCCGGCGACGCCGACGCCAAGCCCGGUCACUCCGACGCCAACACCGGUGACGCCGACACCGACCCCGGUCACUCCUACUCCGACACCUGUCACUCCGACGCCAACACCGGUGACGCCGACACCGACCCCGGUCACUCCUACUCCGACGCCUGUCACUCCGACACCGUCCCCUGUCACUCCAACACCGAGCCCAGUAACUCCGACACCGUCACCUGUCACUCCGACACCAAGCCCAGUAACUCCGACGCCCACUCCGGUGACGCCAACCCCAGUGACCCCGACGCCGUCUUCGCCGACGGGCCAGUGCCCCGUGGACACGUUGAAGCUGCUAUCGUGCGUGGACGCUCUCAACGGGCUGGUGCACGCUGUGAUCGGCAGCAGCGCCAGCGACACUUGCUGCCCGCUGUUGUCCGGCGUGGCUGACCUGGAUGCCGCCCUCUGCCUCUGCACCACUAUCAAGGCCCAGGCGCUGGACAUCAGCCUCGUGCUGCCCAUCGCCAUCGAGGUGCUCGUCAACCAGUGCGGCAAAAACGUGCCCAGCAACUUCCAGUGCCCGGGGACGACGACGCCAACGCCAACCCCAACCCCUGUAACCCCGACGCCGACACCUGUAACCCCGACACCGACGCCUGUAACCCCGACACCGACGCCUGUAACCCCGACGCCGACACCGACUCCGGUAACGCCGACGCCGACCCCUGUGACGCCCACGCCGACUCCGGUGACGCCCACGCCGACUCCGGUGACGCCAACCCCGGUGACCCCGACACCCUCGUCGCCGACGGGUCAGUGCCCCGUGGACACGGUGAAGCUGUUGUCCUGCGUGGACGUGCUCAACGGGCUAGUGCAUGCGGUGCUCGGGAGCAGCGCCAGCGACACCUGCUGCCCUCUGCUUUCCGGCGUGGCCGACCUCGACGCGGCGCUAUGCCUCUGCACCACCAUCAAGAUCAAGGCGCUCAACAUCAGCCUCGUGCUACCCAUCGCCAUUGAGGUGCUCGUCAACCAGUGCGGCAAGAACGUUCCCGACGACUUCCAAUGCCCUAGCUAAUCAAGCUCCAUCGUCGAGCACUAUCGGCAAACCUGCAUCUGAUCGAAUGCGAUGCAUCGAUACAAAUUCUCGUUAGUAAUUCUCGUCAGUGUGUAAGUACAUUAGUGUGUCUUGCGGCAGACACUUGUGGCGUGGAGCUGUGGAAAAAUGCAUGCAUGCAUUGUGCAAUUGUGUAGUACUGUUAGUAAUCGUACGUGUACGUGUGAGUUUUGGUCUCUUCGAUCGGUUUGUAGUGUUUUUUUUCUGAUAAUUAUGAAUAAAAUGUCUGUAAUGUAUGAAAUUUCACAUGUA